CGACUAGCGCUUCACCAAGGCCAACCCCGACCAUCAGCCAGGCAAUUCCAUUCCGGAAGGCGUAUCAAGAUGAGCUCCCAACGUGAAGACUCUAUCCCGCACGAGCUGCGCACGGCGGCAGAACCCCGGCAGAACCGACUGUAUCCUGUGCGUCUAUCACAUGUGGAGCAAGUCAACUCCUCAGUUCGACUACUGCAGUUCGCCAUACCUCCCCAAGAAAGUAGUGAUACCCAGCAACCAUUUUCUUUUCUGCCCGGCCAAUGGCUAGAUGUUCACAUCCCGUCCAUUUCUCAGGCAGGUGGUUUCACUAUUACUUCCACCCCUGCAGAUGCUCAACUUUUACCGCCGCUUGAUUCCCCACCAGGACCGAUGGCUAGCGAGGAAGCGGAUAUAACCAUAGCGUCACAAGGUCGUGCUCCAUACGUGGAGCUAGCCGUGCAGGAAUCUCCUUCAAAUCCAUCUGCCGCGUGGCUUUGGAAACCGAAGGAGGAUAUCCUCGGCAAGGAAAUCAAUAUUCGUGUCGGGGGAAGCUUCGUUUGGCCACCCACCGGGGUUGAUAUCCAUGACGUUCAUAAUGUUGUUUUCGUUGCUGGGGGUGUUGGUAUCAACCCUCUCAUCUCCAUCUUGUCACAUCUUAAUAGCCAAUCUUUUAACGCCCAUUCUAUCAACGUUCAUUUCCUCUAUUCCAGCCGACUGCCAACUGGGUUUGAAACCGCAUCAUCUCAGGCAGUCCUGGAACAGGUGUUGUUCCUAUCACGGCUUCGGCAGAUCAUCCGCACCCAGUUGCAUUUGCAAAAGUUCAAUAUCUCUCUACAACUUUUCCUUACUAAUCUCAAGUCUUCUCUAAUUGAGCCCUCCGGCCGCCCCGCUGACCUCGCUAUUCAUUCACGGAGAAUUGGCGAAGAUGAUCUCCGUGCAGCAAUCACAGAUAGGGAUGGGAAAAGAAACCCACAGAAAACGGUGUCUUAUGUCUGCGGACCACCUGAUAUGACAGAUGAUAUGGUCGAUCGCUUAAAGAAGGUUCUUGAUGAUCCAGAGGGACAGCGAAUCUUCUACGAGAAAUGGUGGUGA